CUGGUUUAAUGAUCGUCAACUUCAGAUAGAAAAAUACCUUGGUUGAGAGCGCACCGUAUAGAUCAAUCACCUCAUCGUAAUACUGCUACCGAAGGGUUUUGCUGAUUUCGUAAACGAUCUCGACCAGGAAAACGACGAUGAAGACCUUAUUAUUUGCAGUCAUGGUCAUCUUGACCAUUUCGUCCAUCAAUGGACAAGAUCUCGAGGGUACAUGUGAUCCUUCUACAGGUAUCUCGGACACAGACUGCGAAGAAUUCAUCAAUAUAGGUGCCAUAGCUGUGAUAUUUGAGGGCCAAAAGGACGUUUUAACUGACGUGGAAACAGAACACUUCCAAGAGGUGAUCGCCAACAUGACCAACAAUUAUGUUUAUCUAGAAGUUUUGCCUGAGCACGUGAUCAUUGUCCAGCGUAUUCGUAACACCGUUACUAAUGAUAAGGGAUUCAACUUCUUCAUCCUGAACCCAUCUCGAUCGGAGUACAUGCCGGUAGCUCUCCGCAAACAAGAGCUAUACCUCAUGAUCAAGAUCAACAACGAGGAUAUCAACGACGCCAUGGGUGCGGGUUGGGUCGUCACUCCCAUAGAGCCUGAAUCAACCUAUCCACUGGCUAUUCCUGCUUGGGCUAUAGCUAUCAUCGGCUAUGUGGGCCUACUCAUCUUCAUCUACUGCACCAUGGUGUUGACCAGUGAUUGGCGAAAGCAAAAGGCUGCAGAGUUCGAGGCAAAUCUUGAGAAGGAGUACUACGCAAACACCAAUGGAGUCUCGGUUGCAGACGAGAUCCCCUUGAAGAAGAUGGCAGUAGAGCACGACUACCAGGAGCCGGUACAUGAGACCAAGAAGAACGGAGGACCAUCUCAGAAGUCCAUAGGGGUCCAAACACCUCGUCACGUGGCUGUCCAGGUUGACCCAGAGGAUGUCGUAGCAAGACGAUCUUCGCCUGCACCCAGUCAGACUAGCACCACCGAAGUCGUGAUUGAAAAUGGCUAUUCGGCGAUCGACCACGAGCCCGCAUACGACUCCGCUGACGCACCAGACACCGCUCACACCGCUCCCGUGACAACCGAAGGCGACGCCGAUAAGGAAGCUGAUGAUGCAGCGGCGGCUAUAGAGGGCGCUGUUAAUGAAGGUUAUGCGGAGGAUGAACCUGAACCUGGCGUUACUCAACCUUCCACAAACCUUUAGCUGUCGAUCAAUACAAGAGAAAGGUUUCUGGUGUUUAGUGAUGGAAACUGACCACGGCACGACUUGACCUGAAGACACUUCUGUAUUAUUAGCACAUUCCCACUUUUAUUAAUCACUAUGUUGUAUAACUACAUGACAUCAAGCAGCUUGAAUACCAUAAGGCAAGCUUAAUUAAUUAGAGUUUCAAGUUAAUGUGUUUUCAUAUUUUUUAACGUUCAAUUCUCAUUGAAGCCCAGGGAGAAAAUCAAUACAACAGGAUACGGGAAUGCUAAUAGAUAUACCCCCUUCCCCGGUUCUUAUAUAUGCUAAUAGAUGCCCAUUUUCCUUCGACUAAAUAAUUUUGGGUCCGCAAACGCCAUUUGCAUUUUUAGUUAGGUUAGCAGAAUAAUGUUGAAAUCUCUCAAUCGUCUCAACUCACUCUCACUCUCUCUCUCUCUCUCUCUCUCUCUCUCUCUUUCUCUCCCUUAAUUAUCUCCAUCUAAUGCGAAGGAAAAUCCUUUGAUGAGAUCAUUGUUCUAAUACAAAAUGAAAAAAAGUGAUAUUCUCUAUGUUAAAGACAUGAUCCUAACAUACAAACUUUGUAUAAAUUUCGUCCUGUUUUUUUUUGUUUAAUGGUUGUUGUUUGAAAGUGUGAAAUGUGCCAAAAUAAUUAUUGCAUUCAUGGGGUAGAUUUUGUUUAAAUCAUUAAUUAAAUCAGAAGCAGACAUAGACCUUUGACAAUAAAUAACUUGAUUACGUCUAACGUAAACAAAAAGAAUAUGAUGCAUUACCUGAAUAUAAAACAACACAAUAAUAUUGCAAGAAAAAGCUCCGUCAUCAAUGAAAGUAAAACAAAAUCCAAUAAAUUUUUGGCGGGAUGUAAAAUAAAAUUGGGGUGGCUACCUGAAAUUAAAACCCUCGCUGUAUACGUUUUGUGAUAACUUCCUAAUUUCAAAGAUGGGCUUACCCAUUUUUUUCUUCUAAUUUCUAUUUCAAGAACUUAUUCAGUCUAUGUAAUAUUUCCCCUAGAUUCGGUGGGUAUAUCGAUUAAGUGAUCCAUUC